AUGACGGUUGCGGACCUCAAAGCCGUAAUACAGAGCGAAAUAAACGUCUCGCCGAUUUCCCAGAAGCUAUUCCAUAACAACCGACUCCUCACGUCCAAUGCGCAGACCCUGUCGGAAAUCGGGAUUGUGCCAGGCGACAUGCUUGGAAUGCACAUCGGGGUGCCGGAUGAGGAAUUACCCAGAGUUCAAGCCCAAGGGAGCAGGGAGGUGCAGCAGGCCCUGUCACGCAGGCAGCAGAUGCUCCCGGAUCCCGAAACAUUACGUCUACACAUGCUGGGCGACACGCGGGUGCUGGAGGGCGUGCGGAAGCAGAACCCGCAGCUGGCGGGGGCCGCGGAGGAUCCUAGGAUGUUCAGAGAGGUGCUGCGAGCCCAGCAGCAGGCCGAAGCCGAAGCCGAAGCCGCUAAAGAGGCCAGGAUAGCGAUGCUGAAUGCCGACCCUUUCAACGCGGAUGCACAACGUGAGAUCGAGGAGAUUAUUCGACAAAAUGCCGUCACGGAGAAUCUGCACAAUGCGAUGGAAUUUAGCCCUGAAGUAUUCGGCCGCGUCACGAUGCUGUAUAUUCCUGUCGAGGUCAACGGGCAGAAAGUGAGGGCGUUUGUUGACUCCGGUGCCCAGGUCACGAUAAUGUCGCCCGAGUGCGCAUCGUCAUGCAAUAUCAUGAGACUAAUUGACCGACGAUACGGCGGUGUCGCAAAGGGAGUCGGCACGGCCGAGAUCCUGGGGCGCGUGCACCUCGCACAUAUCAAAAUCGGCACACUGUUCCUCCCUUGCUCGUUCACGGUCAUGGAAGGCAAACACAUCGAUCUGCUGAUUGGCCUUGACAUGUUAAAACGGCACCAGGGCGUGAUCGACCUGAAAGAAAACGUCCUCCGGAUCCGCGGCGAAACGGUACCGUUCCUCAGCGAACGGGAGAUCCCAGAUCAUCAGGACGAAUACGGAGCCGAGCCCCUUGUCGUGGGGCGUGAUGGCGCCGUUGUUGGCGGGCGAACAGGCGCCGUCACGCAUCCUGCUGGUAACCCCGGCCCAAUCGCUCGAGAUGCGUCGACAUUGCCGACAUUGGCACCAACACCAGGGGCCUCUUCAGUCCCGAAGGUCAAUGUGGCGUCGCCUCCUGCUGCAGUAGCAGCUGCUCCGGGGCCUGCUACAGCACCCGGAUCCCGAUGGUCCGUCGAAUCAAUAUCCAAGAUCACGGACCUGGGUUUCACGCGGGAAGAGGCUAUCCAGGCUCUGGACGCUGCCCAGGGCGAUUUGGACGGCGCUAUUGGUUAUCUCAUUUGA